AUGCGUCUCCCCACAGCACUGCUCGUGCUCGGGCUCGGGCUAUCCGCAUCGCCGGCGGCGGCCUCCCCGCUCACCUCCCUCGCGCGCGACGUCGCCCGCCUCGAAUCCGUACGGGCCAUCAAGGACGUGCAAAAAUCGUUUGCCCAACUUGCGCAGUUUGGCCAGUGGCGGGCCAUGGCGGAUCUCUUCGCCGCGGAGGGAGAGGUGCGGUGGGGCCGGGGCGGAACGCUGGAUCUCGCCGACGCGGACGUGGUACGGGGCCCCAACGCGGUGGAGGAGUGGCUGCGGGCCGACGCGGGCGCGAUGGACGGGGCGGGGGCGGGCUCGCUCAACGCCCAUCUUACCGAGGAGCCGCUCGUGAGCCUGGCGGAGAACGGCACCUUUGCGCGGGCGAGGUGGCAGGUGCUGCGGCUCAUGGGGGACGGGGCGGGCGCGACGCGGAUCCAGGGCGGGGUAUACGAGAACGAGUACGUGUGGGACGCGGGGGCGGGGCUGGGGCAAUGUCGGGCGGGCAUCACGAUUCCUCUGGAGGCGGAUGCGGAGGGCGAGGACGACGAGAUCGACGUGGAUGAGAUUGCCUAUCGGAUUGAUCAGCUCAACGACGAGGAUCAGGUGCGGAACCUGCAGCAUUCGUACGGAUACUACGUCGACCAGCGAUUGUGGACGCACGUGGUCGACUUGAUCCGUGCCGUGCUGGAGGAGUGGAUGGGGGCCGAGAAUCUGACCGAGGGGAUACUCAACGAGUAUCCAAUGUUCGACGUCAUGGUGGAGGUGGAUCCCGAUGGGCGGUCGGCCACGGCGAGGGGUUUGGAGAUUGGCAUGAUUGGCGACACGAGCAAGAAGCAGGGGAAAUGGGAGUUCAACGUGUUCCGAAACACAUUUGUCAAGGACGAAGAGACGGGCCUCUGGAAGAUCAAGACGCUCGGUAUUACACGGCUCAUCCACGCGCCCGGCGAAUGGCGCGCCCGCGCCAUCCCCGACGCCUAUAACCCCUCCCUCUCCACCGAGCCCUCCAACACGACGGCGGCGGACCGCGUGCAAGUCCUGCGCAACAGGUACGCGCAGUCCUCGGCCUUUGACGAGACGGAAAACGUCGGUUCCGCCUACGGCUACUUCGCCGACGACAUCCGGUGCCAACACUUUGCCGACCUACACGCGGCGUGCCUCGCGCGCUACAACACCAACACGCCCAACCCGCAGCGACCCAACGUGCCCUACCACUGGCGCCUGCAGCCCGUCAUCCUCGCCUCGCCCGACGGCCGGUCCACGUCCAUGCGCACCAAGCUCCUGCAGUUCGGCACCUCGAGCGGCAGCAAGGGCGGGUUCACGGGCGUGUGGGGGUUCAACGGCGGCAUGUACCACGAUCACUGGAAGGAUGGGUGGGCGGCGAGCCAGCGGCGGAGCAAGAGGGAGGAAGAAGAAGAUGGAGGAAGUGUGCAGCAGCAUGAGCAGCAGAAAAUCGCGCCGAGGCAGGGCGGCGGACUCGCGAGCUACCCGCCCGACGUGGACCUCAAGGAUCCCAAGCUCGGCGAGCGAGAGGCCGGUCUGCCUGGCGGGCCGACGGCCACGGUGGUGUAUCCGCAGAUCCUGCCCAUGUGGUUCUCGUACCGGAACCCGGUGAGCGGACGGCUGCCGUACCACUACUGGGGGCCGGGGUGCGUGCCGUGCCGCGGCGCGAAGCCUGAGUGGGCGCUCACGGCAAACGGGUACCAGGAGCCGCCGAUGGGGCCUACCUUGGUCGGGGCCUCGUGGGAAGGGGAUGAUUUAGUCGUCAUGGUGGGCGUGGGGCCCGAGGAGGCGGAUGCCGGGAUCGUGGAGCUGAGGGCCGUGGACGAGGACGGCGGUAGCGUGUUGGUGGACUCGGCGGCUUUGAGCGGGGGCAAUGCCGUGUUUAGCGUGGCGGAGGAGGUUCGCGUGCGGGAGGAUGCGGAGCUGGUUGCCGUGUAUUUGGGGAACGAUAAUGUGCGGCCGGGGAGGGCGAAGGCGAAGUCGUGGGCGGCGGUGGUUUAG